UCUAUCUAAACUAGAAAUUCCGUUUAUCCAGCUGAUCCAGAAGCUUUCCCUUCCCUGAAACACAUUAGUAUUAUCAAGUGCUUUCAACAAUACUGUAAUAUAUUUCUGACUCUAUAGGACAUUGUAUUUUUUUUAUCAAUUAUAACAUAAAUCAACAACAAACUGUUGCUCUUUGUGACUGUCUUCGAAAGACUAUAUUUCAAAAAACAGUGAUCAUGACUACCAGAUUCUCUGACAUUAAACUUGGACCUCCCAUUGAAGUUUUUGCCCUUUCAAAGGCCUAUGUGGAUGAUACGUUCGAAAAUAAAGUGAACCUCGCUGUGGGAGCUUACCGAACAAAUGAGGGGAAACCAUGGGUUUUGCCAGUGGUUCAUAAAGUUGAACAAAAUUUAGCCAAUGAUAAUUUACAAAAUCAUGAAUAUUUGCCAGUUCUUGGUUUGGAUUCAUUUUCAAAAUCGGCAACAAGUAUGUUAUUAGGCGCCAAUUCAUCAGCAAUAUUGGAGGGUCGUGCUUUUGGAAUACAAACAUUAUCUGGAACUGGAGCAUUGAGAGUGGCCGCUGAAUUUUUAUCUCGUAUUCUUCAUUACGACACAUUCUACUAUAGCACACCAACCUGGGAAAAUCAUAAAUUGGUGUUUAUGAAUGGAGGAUUUAAGAAAGGAUGUGAAUACCGAUAUUGGGAUGCGGAAAAAAGAGGAAUCGAUUUGGAGGGUAUGUUAAUGGAUUUAAAAAAUGCUCCCGAAAAUGCGGUUAUAAUUUUACACGCCUGUGCACACAAUCCAACUGGAUGUGAUCCUACUUUAGAGCAAUGGGCAAAAAUUGCCGAUGUGAUUGUUGAAAAACGAUUGUUUCCCCUUUUCGACAGUGCUUAUCAGGGAUUCGCUAGCGGAGAUUUGGAACGAGAUGCUGCGGCAGUGCGCAUGUUUGCUGAUAGGGGUAUUGAAUUUAUUUGUACUCAAAGUUUUGCAAAAAAUUUUGGUCUCUAUAAUGAACGUGUAGGAAAUAUGGCUUUGGUUUUAAAUGACACUAAAGAAAUAGUUGAAGUAAAAUCGCAAAUAACAUUAAUUAUUCGUGGAAUGUAUAGUAAUCCUCCAAAUCAUGGGGCACGAAUUGUUUCAACUGUUUUAAAUAAUAUCGAACUUUACGAGCAAUGGAAAGAUCAUAUUCGUACAAUGUCGGAUAGAAUUAAAAAAAUGCGAUCAGGACUACAUGAGAGAUUAGUGAAAUUAGAAACGCCAGGCACUUGGGAACAUAUUGUCAGUCAAAUUGGAAUGUUUUCAUACACUGGACUCAAUGAAAAACAAGUAGAGCACCUGGUAAAACACUAUCAUAUCUAUUUACUUCGCAGUGGUCGCAUUAAUAUGUGUGGAAUAAAUGAAAAUAAUAUCGACUAUGUUGCAAAAGCUAUUAACGAGACAGUUAAUCGAUUCCCAAAAAUCGAAAAUUGAAUGCAUUUAAAAAAUGUGUUUUGAAAAGUACAAAAAUGAAAAAUACAAAUCCUAUGGACAUUUAAUAUUUCUAAAAAAAAAAACAAUUACUAAUGUCCAAAAAAAUUAACGUUAAGGACAAAUUUUUAUUUGUAUUUAGAUUCCUUUGGACCAAAUGAGAAAAUAGCAACAAAUUAGAAUUAAUAGUGUAUAUAAUAGAAAAUUGCGCAGCAUUGCAACUAUUUUAAUAUAUAAUUCGUUAGCUAAAUGUUAGCGUUGACUAUAUGUAAAAUUUGAUUUUUACAAAAUUUAAAAAAAAAAUCCAUUUUAAUAUUCUCACUCUUGAGAAGCUAUUUUAUCUUAAAAACAGAAGUUUUCAUGAUAAAAGGUCCUAUGAGAGCAAAUAAAAAAAAAAGAAAAAUGACGUAUCAUAUUAUACAAUCAGUAUGUGCCAAGCUGAUUCGUUGACAAUAUCAAUUUAAAUAUAAAAUUCAUUAAAAAAAAAUUAUUUAAUCAAUUUAUAUUCUAUCAUUUAAAUAUUAAAAAAAACAAGGUGAAAAAUUGAAUUGAAUUUCAAAUCGGAAUUUACAUUCUGUGGCCUUAAAUGACACAAUGAAAGAAUAAAAUUUUUAGCCGAUUACUGCCAAAUGCAAUAUUAAUUAAAUAAUGAAAAUUUCGUCUGAUUUUUUUUUACACUAUGGAAAAUAUAUUUUUCACCGAUUCUUUUAUUUUUUAAAUAAACUUAUUUUUAAUAUUUACGAUU